AUGAGCACAUAUUGCUCUUCGGUUCCCGAAGAAAGGCCCUUUCCUCAGACGCCUUCCUACGGAGAUCGUCACCAACUUCCUUCAAGCUUUCCAGACAGGAUUCCGUCCUUCAAGACAGACGUCGACAAUAUCCCAGGGCCCCUGACCCAUGAAAAGUUGGCAGAGCACAACUGCGAUUCCUUCAGUCGACGACCCGGGGUGCCUGGUUUGCCCUACCCCCAUGCAUCCCGACAGUCUCAGGGAGGCAGGACCGAGGACGAUGCCAGCUUGAAGCUAGAUGGGAGCAUCUGCUCGGACUUGCCGCACCGCUUGGGCGUCACCGGCGUCGUCCCCUCCCAAGCCGCCUGCCGGAAGCAAAACCGCACCUGUGACAACUGGAAGGAGGGGAGCGUCCUCGAAGUCUUCUCCGCGUCCGCGGGGCAGUGGUACGCUGCCCAAGUGGGCCAAGUGGAACCGCAAAGUGAUGGCAGCGAGGACAUCGUGACGGUCGUCUUCUACAUCGGUGACCAGAUCAAGCAGAAGUCUAUCUACAGGACCGACGCUGCCCUAGCAGCCCUGGGCACCCACACCUUUAAUGAGCUCCCACCAGGCUUCGAGACAAGGCCCUCGCAGUCUAAGCCGGGUCAGUUGGUCUACUUCGAUCUCACGGCUGGCAUCAAGUAUGGAUGGACGAAUGCAAUAUUCAUUCUGGAAGCCAGCCUCGUUUGCAUGAGUAUGUACGCCUCGCUGGAGCUUGCCUGGCAUGUGCACUUCGAGCGCCUGAAGCAGCAGCCCGCCGGUUGUGAGACUGUGGCGUGCGUGCCAGCGGGCAGGGGCCCCCGUGCCCCCGUCCUCCAGGCACCGAUCGCAGAAAUCCCUUCGCCCAUGCCGCUUGCUUGCACAAUCUGUGGCUCCUUUUCUCAGGUUAUUUCUCAAAAAUGA